CCGGUCCCGCCCAGGGUGUAGGCUCGGGGCGUGACACAAUGAAUCAAUUCACAAAUGGAAUUCCUAGAGAAAUUGGAAGAAUGCAAAAUCUGAUGGAUCUUUAUUUGCGACACAACAAGUUGCAAGGAUCUAUACCUGACUCAAUGAGCAACAUGGUAGGCUUGGAAUUUCUAGACAUUUCUCAUAAUAAUAUAUCGGGAACUAUUCCCAUGUCUUUGGAGAAACUACAAUACCUUGAGUGUUUCAAUGUUUCAUUCAACAAGUUGCACGGUGAAAUACCCUCGGGGGGUCCUUUCAAGAGCCUCUCGAGUAAAUUUUUCAUCAACAAUGAAGCAUUGUGUGGUUUGUCAAGGUUUAAUGUCCCACCAUGCCCCACUUCAUCAACGCAUAGAUCAAAUACGAAAAAAUUGCUACUUCUAUUUCUUUUGCUAGGAAUAGCAAUUGUAUUGGUUCCUAUCGCCUUUGUGUUCCUGUGGAUAAGGUAUAGAAGAGGUAAAAGAGCUCCUCAACAAGCUGAUUCAUUGUCUAUGGCAACAACAGAAAGAAUUUCAUACUAUGAACUGCUCCAAGCAACUGAUUCGCUUAGCGAGACUAAUCUGAUUGGUUCUGGAAGUUUUGGCUCUGUUUACAAAGGCGUUCUCAGAAGUGGGACUGCCAUUGCAGUUAAAGUGUUCAAUCUGCAACUGGAAGCAGCAUUCAAGAGUUUCGAUACAGAAUGUGAAGUUUUGCGCAGCAUUCGCCACAGGAAUCUUGUGAAAGUCAUCACCAGUUGUUCCAACGUUGAUUUUAAGGCUUUAGUGCUCGAGUAUAUGCCUAAUGGAAGUCUUGACAAGUAUUUGUAUUCGCACAACUACUUCCUAGACAUCAGGCAGAGACUAAGCAUUAUGAUAGAUGUUGCUUGUGCGUUGGAAUAUUUCCAUCAUGGGUGCUCUUUACCUGUGAUUCAGUGUGAUCUAAAGCCUAGUAACGUCUUGCUGGAUGAGGAUAUGGUUACCCACCUAAGUGACUUUGGUAUUUCAAAACUGCUUGGUGAAGAUGAGAUUGAUUUAUACACAAAAACCUUAGCAACAUUUGGUUAUGUAGCACCGGGUACGUCUCUUUGUUUUUGCUAAUUUGAGCAUUAAUUUUCCGUCUUUUUUUUUCAAUCAAGAAAGUAUAUUGCAUCUUUAAAUUAAUUGUUUGACUGUAGAGUACAGACUCGGACACGACUCGGAAUCAUGACCUGCAGGUCCCGCAGAGGCAACUUUAGCAUUGCUCCAAGGCAUAUUGAUUAUUCUACUUUACAUUACCUGUUGAAGGGACUUUAAAUGCCUUAUCUAUUCGAACUUUUGACUGGAUUGAUGAGAUUCGACUGGCCACCCAAUCCCAUCCGGAAAUGCUUACCAUUAAACAUGACAUUGAGCACCAAACUGCUACCUCGGCUCAAAGUAAUUAGAGGCCUAAAGCGAAAUUUCAAUUAGAGGC